UGCUCAAUCACCUAAAUGAAGGAUCGUUUCAUUGCUUUUGGGUUUCCAGUUUCCAAGUGUGCUCAACAUAAAAGUUUAUUCCAUAAGCUUUGUCGCAAAAGUAUUAUCCAAACGUGGAACAGGAAAUGGUCCUUUGCCCUGAUAGUUGCGGACAAAAGGACUAGUCCAGUUGCGCAAAGGGUCAUGGAUAUUACUAAUGAUACUGAGGCGCUAGAGAGACUUGCUGAUCUUCUUGCUUGUCCGAACUGUAGAAAUAGUCUUGUUUCUCGAAACAAUAGAAGUUUUAUAUGUUUGAAUUGUUACCGAACAUUCUUUCAAGACCCCUAUGCAGGUUACUUCAAUUUAUGUUUGGACAAGUUAAGUAGUUAUCGACCCAUUCAACAAGAAUUGUUUCGUAACCCAGUGACGUCUUUUUUAUAUGAGCGGGGUUGGAGAAACAACUUUCAGACUAUGGGAUAUCCUCUCAAGGAAGAAGUCAGGUUGGUUACUGAAUACUUCCAAACUUAUCCUAAGGAACCCGAAGUUUUGGUGGAUUUGUCUUGUGGUACAGGUUAUGUUACAAGAAGACUUGCCAAAACGAGAAAAUAUUCGCGUAUUGUUGGAAUAGACUUAUCAGAAAGUAUGUUGAAGGAAGCCUAUCGCCGCAUGUUACUUGAGGAGGGCUGCGAUCCUUUUACUUUGAUUAGAGCCAAUGUGGAUAGUCUUCCUUUGAGAGACAAUGUGGUAGACUUAAUUUACUGUGGAGCUGCUUUACACUGUUGGCCAAAAGUGCAAGAUGGUUUAGCCGAAAUGUAUAGAAUCCUAAAGCCUGAUGCUCUCGUAUUUGCGACUACAUUUAUUUCCAACUACUCACCUCUCAUUUCUCGUUGGAAUGCUUAUCGAUUUUUUACAAAGAAAGAAUUGGAAUGGUUAUUGAAAAGUAGAGGUUUUCGACAAGUGCAAGUUCAAAUAUUAAAAAGCCCUAGUAUUCUGCAGUUCGUGCAAUCGGCUAUUAUUCGUUGCUGUAAAUAAACUUUUGGUCAUCGUCAUUAUCUUCCUGUUCUUCCAAAUUAUUUCUUGUAUCCA